AUGGAUUUCAACAGCGCCGGCGGAGGCAACGAGCUGCACAACAACCAGUUUUAUCAGUGCGAGGAGAGCAAGCCUUUACUGGGGGACAUGACAGAGGGGAAUAAUAACGUCAAAGUUGCCGCGGGGCCGUGUAAAAGGAGCCUUCAACACUACAGCAGCAGCGGGAUGCGCUACAAGCUGCUCCACGAGGGUGACAUCCAGGUGUGCGUGGUCAAACACCCGCGGACCUUCCUGAGCAAGAUUCUCACCUCCAAGUUCCUGCGAAGAUGGGAGCCGCAUCACCUCACGUUGACGGACAGCAGCCUGACCUCCGCCACUCCCACUGGUUACAUGGAGACUUCAUUGUCCUACAGUGCCAUUGAGGACUUGCAGCUGCUUUCAUGGGACAAUGCACCAAAGUACUGUGUCCAGCUCAGCUUCCCUGGUGGCACAGUCCUGCUUCAGGCUGCCAACAGCUAUUUAAGGGACCAGUGGUUUUACUCCUUACAAUGGAAGAAAAAGAUCUACAAAUACCGCAAGGUAUUAAACAAUCCAAGCCGCUGGGAUGUAGUGCUGAAGGAGAUCAGAGCUCUCGUAGACAUGGCUCUGACCUCACCGCUACAAGAUGAGUCUAUUCAUCAGGCCCCUCUACAUAUCAUCUCUACUUUGCUGGCUGAGAACUCCAAUCUCAGCACACAGGAUCACGAGAACAUCAUUGUGGCAAUUGCACCUCUUCUAGAAAAUAAUCACCCACCCCCUGAUCUUUGUGAGUUCUUCUGUAAGCACUGUCGUGAACGACCACGUUCCAUGGUUGUUAUAGAAGUGUUCACUCCUGUGGUCCAGAGAAUCCUCAAACACAACAUGGAUUUUGGAAAGUGUCCUCGACUGCGCCUUUUUACUCAGGAGUACAUCCUGGCCCUGAAUGAACUAAAUGCAGGAAUGGAAGUUGUCAAAAAAUUUGUUCACAGCAUGCACGGGCCAACAGGGCAGUGCCCUCACCCACGUGUCCUGCCAAACCUGGUUGCAGUAUGCCUAGCUGCCAUUUACUCCUGUUAUGAGGAGUUCAUUAACAGCCGAGACAACUCUCCUAGUCUGAAGGAGAUUCGAAAUGGCUGUCAGCAGCAGAAUGACCGAAAGCCUCCGAUGCCUCUCCGCCUUCUGCGCCCGGAGCCUCCGACGCCACCUUCUACCACUUUGCUCCCCCUCUCCUCCAACCCAAGUCCUCCUCAGCCACCUCCUCCUGUGCCCCCAAAUCCUCCACAAUCAAUCCCCAUAUGCUCCCCAACAUCAAGCCUACCCCUCUCUCCUCCUCCAUCUGUUGUCAACUCCAAUGAGAUUUUAGUGGAGUUGGAGAGAAACAAUAAUUCAGCCAACACAAAGCUGAAAUCUGAACACGGCAGUGAACUCAACCUCAUCGACUGCCUACUAGUCAGCCCGGCUGUCAACACUCUAUCCAUCCAGCUACCUGCACAGGCAGACCGUGUACUCGGCUGCUUCGCGCUUAUCCUGAAGAUGCUGUCGGAUUAUGACGACUGGAGACCUGCGUUGGCCAGCCUUUUGCAGCCCAUCCCUUUUCCAAAAGAGGCUCUUGCACAUGCCAAAUUUACCAAGGAAUUGAAAUAUGUCAUUCAGAGGUUUGCGGAGGACCCUAGGCAGGAGGUCCAUUCCUGCUUACUGAGUGUGCGUUCAGGAAAAGAUGGCUGGUUUCAGCUCUAUAGUCCAGGAGGGGUGGCCUGUGAUGAUGAUGGAGAACUAUUUGCUAGUAUGGUUCAUAUCUUGAUGGGCUCCUGUUAUAAGACAAAGAAGUUCCUCCUUUCUUUGGCGGAGAACAAGCUUGGCCCCUGCAUGCUCUUGGCCUUGCGUGGGAACCAGACAAUGGUGGAGAUUCUGUGUCUGAUGUUGGAAUACAACAUCAUAGAGAACAAGGACACCCAGCUGCAGAUCAUCUCUACCCUGGAGAGUACCCACGUGGGCCUGCGAAUGUACGAACAGCUCUGUGACCGACAGCGAGAACUCAAAGAACUGCAAAGAAAAGGAGGCCCCACCCGCCUGACUCUCCCCUCCAAGUCUACUGAUGCAGACUUGGCUCGCCUGUUGAGUUCAGGUUCUUUUGGGAACUUGGAAAAUCUCAGCCUGGCCUUCACCAAUGUCACCAGUGCCUGUGCCGAGCAGCUCAUCAAGCUGCCUUCGCUCAAACAACUUAACUUGUGGUCAACUCAGUUCGGGGAUGCAGGACUGCGGUUGUUGUCAGAGCACCUGGCUUGCCUUCAGGUGUUGAACCUGUGUGAGACACCUGUCACUGAUGCUGGUUUAUUGGCGCUAAGCUCCAUGAAGAGUUUGUGUAGUCUCAACAUGAACAGCACCAAGCUUACAGCUGACACAUAUGAGGACCUCAAGGCCAAACUGCCCAAUCUGAAAGAUGUGGAUGUUCGGUACACAGAAGCCUGGUGA